AUGGACGACUGGAAAGAAAUGAUAUUCUUCAUGACCAGCUCAUUGACUGCUAACAUGUCAAUGUAUAAAUCUUUUCUCUUCGACUCGCCAGCUAUGAAGACUCUGAUUAAGGAUGCCAUAUUUCAUGACAGUGCCGUACAGAACGCCGAUUCCAAGCUGAAGCAUAACCUUGCAGAGCACGGAAAAGUUUGUUGGCAAUUUCUGAUGGUUUAUAUCAUAUGCGCCUUCGGUAUCUUGUUCAGUUUGUAUGCAGGUUCUAUUAUUCUUUACAUGAUCUCAUUGAACUGUGAUUCUACAGUAGAUGAAUGUAAAAGGAGUUUGGCUUGGCCUUCUGUUUCAAUUUUCAGUUUAGAAUCCCAGUAUGGUGUCUCCUUAAUCGUCAACUCCAUUGGGAUGACCUUCUUAGGAGGAUUCGUAUUAGUGGGGAACAUAACCCUUGCAUCGGUUUGCAUUUUUCCAACAUUCAAACUAAAACAUCUACAGUACGUUCUCACGAACUUUCAAUACUAUGGGGAAAUUCUGAGUAAAUCUGAAAAUAUUCCAAUAAGAAAUGCAGAAUAUUUCAUUAUCAGAGAAUGUGUAAUAGAGCAUCAGAGAAUUAUAAGGGAUUUCGAGAAGUUGAAAGAAUCCACAAAAGUAUUAUUUCUAUUGGAUUUUAUAACUCAUGCAAUGCAGACUGCUCCAUAUUUGCUGAUAAUAAUGGCUUAUGAUGGCAACAUAGAUUAUUUGAUAACCAUGACUGUAUCCUGUAUGGCUUUCGUUAUUUUCGAGUUGUUCAUGGUUUAUUGGUUUGCCCAAGGAGUUAUUGAUGAGAGUAUAAACGUUGGCACUUGCAUAGGUCUAUCAAACUGGUAUGAGGCGGACGUUAGGACCCUUAAAUUGUUGCAGUUAUUGAUGAUUCGCUCCAUUCAUCGUUUGGCGCUAAGAGUAGGGCCUUUUUAUGAUAUGGAGUUGAAUAUUUUCCUCAAAAUUUGUAAAAUGAUGUAUACUGUGGUUACAGUUUUCAAAAGGCAGUUAUAA